UUAGUGGUCGGAAGCGGUUUCGUGAGGUUUUCUUCAAAACAUGACCAAAAAUAGUAAUGAUAAUGCUAGCAGGUGUUAGUAAGUUGAUCACAUGACUUCGUACUCAUGCAGGUGGUUCGUCGAAAUCUUCGCCGUAUCUGGGCCAUUCCCCAUUCAUUAUUCACAAAGAUGAAUGAAUCACCCACCUCAGUAGAAUGGCUGUUUUACUCAAAAAUGUUUCCAACAGCAUUUGGCAUGCUUUUAGUGCUUUACAAAAUGAUAAAAGUGGUAUAGUUCUCAAGUCAAAACUGAAGGUUUUGACAGCAAACUUGGGAACGCUCUUGGAUGUUUAUGGCGUUGAGAAAGGCUUAGAGCAUUUUCGAAGCACUCCUACUCUAAAUUUUGAACAUUUCAAGUACUAUCUUCUCAAAGAGGUAUUCUCCUCACUCCCAGAGACAACUCCACUUAUAAUCCUUCGAGAUCUAGAAGCUCGCAUCGAUGAAGUAUGCUGGUUAGUUUGCAAGAAAGCAUAUUUAGAGCGAGACAAUGCCAUCUUACCGGAAGAUUGUGUCUACGAGCUGUUUCGAGUUUUCUGCCUUCUAGCUGAUCUGGUGCCAGAUCAUUCAAAUCCUAAUGUAUAUCAGGUAGUUCUGCAUGCAUCAGAAGUUGGGCUUGUAACAUCGCAGCUUGUUACCUCCCUUGGUUCUGAAUGGGACGAUGUCUCCUUUGAGCAUCUCACAGAAAACAUGCCCGGUUUUCGGUUUUCCACCUUCCUUACUCUCCUUGAAAGUCGAUUCUUGCCGAACAUGGAACCAGCUGGAUUGGUGGAGGCAGUCACUGCAAUAUCUCACACCUUCAUCAAGGACGUCAUUAAAAAAGGUAUUCUGCUAAAACGUGGUUUCCUGCUACCGACGUUGCGCGAAUAUUGGUUUGUUCUGCAACCAACACAAUUGACGUAUUACAAGACUCAAGAAGAGCGUGAUCAAAGCGGUAUCAUUUCCAUUGAUUCACACUGUUGGGUCGAUUCUAACCUCCAACGCAUAAUGCUUCACACCCCAGAGAGAACUUUUGAAUUCGCUACUUACGAUCAUAGGAGUCGGCUGCAGUGGUUAUCAGCUUUACAGUUAGCCAUUUCACAUUCAGGUGACACUCAAGGCUACCAACGCAUGCUGGCUGCCAAAAGACGUCGACAGCGAGAAAUUGACCUUGAGGAGAAAAAGCGUCGGAGCAGUUUAUUCCAUGACAUGGGAGCUCAGUUACAAGCGGAAAAACUGGCGAGAGAGGCGGCUGAAAACAAAGCAAAGGAGCUUAAAGAGGCUAAAGAAAAACAGGUUGUAGAGUUAGAACAUUUACUAGAAGAAGAAACUCAAGCUAAAAGAGAUGAAGAAAUUGUCAGAAACCUUCAAGCAAGAGUCUUACGGGAAGAGUGGGAAAAACGAGAAGAGCUAGAGCGACUUCAAGAAGAGCAAAGACUCCUUCUAGAGCAAGAGAGACAAAAAAGGCGCGAGUUUGAGCAGAAACAAAGAGAAAAGGAGACUCAGCUACAAGAGGCAGAAAUGAGACUCAGGGAACUGGAAUUGGAGAGACAGAGAUUGGAUCUGGAGCUUAGCCGAGCCCAACAAAAGAUUUCCCUGUCAGAGAAAUCUGUGGCGAGUAUUGAAGCUACCUACAAGAGUAUUAAUCCUCAGAUUAAAGUGCGUCGAGCCCUUUCCUUCAUGCCGUCAACGAGAGAACGCCUUGCCAAACCAAGCAAAAAGUGAGGUGCAUAAGUAACUUAUUUCUAAACAUUUUGAAAACCCGGUCUCCAUUUGAAAUUGAAAAACAAUGGGAAAAAACGUCACCAAACGUUUUGUUCUUGUUUGAACUGAUAUUUUCAGGUAAGAUUUUUUAUACAAUUGCUGUGGGAAAACUCUCCUUCAAAAUAUUUUUUUUAAAAUUUUGAUAUCUGAAAUUUACAGAAAUAAAGAACAGUUGGUCUUUAAGCAUCUGUAUUUUUUUUCAAAGAUUAAAUCUCCAGAGAAAUUUUCUACUGUCAUUAGAAUUUGAUAUAUUUUUACUUUUAUAAUUUAAAUGAAAUUUAACGUACUUCUUAAGUUUUUGUCCUUUUAAUUAGUUGAAAAUGGAGUUUACCUAUCAAAACUAUUGAAACUUUAAUUUUGUCUUCAGGGCUUAAAAACUGGGGAAAAUACCCCUGCAAACGGAAAAAUAUCUGGUAGAAAAAUUUGCUCCUAAAAGUGGUAGGGAUUAUUAGGAAAUGCUGGAAAUCUAGUGAGAAAUACCAGAAUUUUUCCCCUUCAUCAUGGCAUUUUCUCUACCAUUUAUGUUUUUUCAACCACUGGAACAAAUAUUCUGACAAAUUAUAACUUACAAGAGGUGAAACUGAAGACUUGAGGUCAAUAUUAAAGUUACAACCAGAAAUUUCUCUGUCUUGAUGAAUCCUGGCAGAUCAUUGACUGAAAAAUUGCAAUAUUUUUUUUCUCCCUUAAGUUUGCAGACAAUCUAAUUUUGGCAAAUCUUAUCUGUUGAAUUUGUCCGGAAAAAUUGUAAACUUAAAAUAAGCACAAUCAGCCCAUCAAAGAGCAUUUGUACAGCCUUAAAGACUCUUUAAGCUGUUUAUAACCUAAUUAAGAAAGAUGCACGGGGCAGGCUACAAUAUUGAGCUGCCGCCCUCAAAGUAUUUUGAUAUUUUAGAGCCUGAUAUUCUGCUCAGUUAGUCAAUUCUCAACUAUGAUAAGUAAUUUUUAAUACUAAUUGGCUGUUGCCCUAUUUAUUGAUUUGUAAUUAUAAUUCAUUAACCUUGUCUUGCCUUACGUAGGAUGAUUGCUAGAGGGAAGCAAUUAUUAUUUGAAAUUCCUAUGUUGAUAAGUUAGUUUACUCUGUCUUCUUCCUUAUAAGGCAAACUAAACUUCCUCUAAGUUAAUUUUACAUUUGUAUGGGGAUUAUUCUAAAGUUUCCUAGGCAGCCGUCCAUAAAUUAAGGGAAAUUUUUGAGUUGGGUAGACGUUCUUGUCAUUUAUACGCAAUUUUUACUGAAGCAAUUUGUACCUACUUAUUUCAUUGAUAUCUUAUAUCUUCCGUUUUUCGAGGAAUGAAUGGGAAAAUAAGAAAUUGUUUACUUCCUUUGAUUGCCAAUCGCAAUACUCUUUUUUACAUUUUUACAAAGUAACCUGGACCCCCGAAACUUCUGAGUGGCAUUUUUCAGCAAAAAAGAUCCAAUUUUAUCAAAGUAAAAUCGCUAUGAACAUGUGUUUACUAGCGUUUUUAAACGAUUUCAUCGUAAUGAAAUCUGUAUUUUUUUACUGUAAAUGAAUUUUCAAAAAUCAAAGAUCGGCACUCAUCGAAGAGCAAUUUUAUUGCAGUCAUUUAUUAAAUAUCCUAAUUUAGUGUCUGCAUAAUAUUGCUAUGAACUGCUAUCAGCGAAAUUGCAAGCAUUUACAGAUCAAAUUGGAUUUUACUACAAUCAUUGUUGCGCAGGUAAUGCAUUACGUUUUAUGUGGGCUCUUCGAAGAAUUAGAGAAGGUAUUCAGUCAGAGUAAGCAUUCUUUAAUUUCCUGGUUGGUGUCCAACACAGUGUUCUGGAGUGUAUUUGGCUAUAAAAAUGGUGAAUUUACAAAAAUACAAAAUGUAUGGAUGAUUGCGUAGGGUAAAAGAUACCGCUCAGACGCAAGAAUUAAAAUAUUUGCCCUAUGAACUUGCCGAGUGUUCCGAAACUUCUGUUUUGGUCAAUUCUUGUCCAAGAAAAGCUUUUUGGGAGUUGCCGUUCCUAAUUUCAAUAUCUUAAGAUUUUUUUAAUGUAUCUUCCAUGUCUUUCUGCUGAGUUCUUAUCCUACUAAAAUUUUUAAUGUUACCUCUUAUCUUACCUGUUAAAGUUUUCAGUAAAGUUGAAUAUUUUAGGAACUGUCUCUUUUGAACCAUCUUUAAUGAAAAAUUUGUUGUAAUUGAUGGAUUUUCUUCUCUUGGCAUAUAUUUUCUUCAGCAUUUUAAAUUAUUACGUAGUAUGCCUACACGUUGUUAAAGUUAUUUUGUUACUCUUUCUAAAUUUUACUGAUCGUUAAUUUUUUUGAAAUUACUCAAAGUCCACCCUCUCAGUCACCCAUUAACUUUUAUAGUAACAUUCCACUACAUAUUUCCUUUUCCUUGCAUUCUAUUUUUUUUCUACAAUCCUUUUGUUAUCAGUACUUAGGUUCUCAUGAAAUAGCAUUUAUUUAAAAAUUAACUGUGAUCGUAGAUGGCAUUCCAAAAAGGAUGUUCAGCACUCUUUUAUACUUUUAUAUUUUGAAGAUGAAGUGAAUAAAUGAUUUUUUAUGGAUUUUAUACAUGUAUUGAGUCAUUUGUGAUCUUUAACUUUUAUAAAUGUGAUGUAUUGAUUUAUCCCCUAUCAAUAUUUUUUUUUGACAAGUUUGUAAUGGUAAAUCUUCAAUUUUAGGUGUUGCUGUAAGAUUAAAGUAUUUGGUGUGACAAGAUGGACAUUUUUUCUGGCAGUGUUAAUGAGACGCUGAUCAUUCAA